UAACAAAAAGCAUGUACAUUCAUUUCCUUCCGAUCGCACUCGGUUCACUUGUCUGUUUUCCUAUUUCGGGUGAGGUUUCGAAACAGUUGUCACUGACUGCUCUACACGUGUGGACAUUUUUUGGAGAAAAUCAACAGGUCUGAUUCUCGUGUCGCCACGUGAGUAUAUUCCUCAGUGGUGUCGGGAGGUUACCAGUUACCAGAAUUAGCAACAUCGUCAUAAGAAUUCGUGACAGUUGAUUGAGCCAGGAAAAAAGAAGGCAUCAGUAAUUCUAUAGGGACGGUAUUGCAUCAACGGCGGGUUGACUCGGGAGAAAAUCUGCCCGGUCAUAUUAACGGAUCGGCAGUUUGAGCAAGCAGCAAGAGAGAGACUAGAUGCUGCAGCUUGGCUUGGAGUAAGAUGGUAUGGAUGUACCGACAGAAAAAAAGAAUUCUGGUAGGACGUUUCGACGCUCAAUCAGUCAGUCAUUCGAACGAUAUGGAAUUCGAGACCUGGGUUUCGACAAGGUGCCGAUCACCUACAGCAGCUUGCUGUCCCUGGCGACAUGCUCGUGGCUCACCCCCAUCAUGCUGGCCCUCUGUCGACGGGGGGGCGGCGGUCUGACCUCCGUGCUCCGCCUGCAGUGGUGGCCAGAAGACACAACCCAGCACAACAUCGACUUGUUGGAGGAAUGCUGGAAGGCAGAGUUGAAGACUCACGGCGAGGAGAAAGCAUCACUCGGCCGUGCAAUCCGGGCAGCUUUCAAACAGAGACUCAUCUGCUCACAAAUCCUUGUUGUCAUAUCCAUGGUGCUCUCCUUCGUUGCUUCUGCUUGCAUCUUGCGUCUGCUCUUGGACCAUGUGUCGUCUGCUGCCCCAGUCAUGGCAGACGGGGCGGCCAUUGUGGUGGGCCUCAUUUUAUGUGAAGUGUGCCGGAGCCUCACCUUCUCCUGUGCCUGGACGUACAACUACUGGAAUGGGAUGAAAGUCAGAAGUGCCACCAUGGGUCUCUUAUACAAAAAAAUACUCAGACUGAAGAGUCUUAAAGACAAAAAGAUUGGUGAACUAGUCAAUUUAUUCAGCAAUGAUGGUCAACGUUUUUUUGAGGUGAUGGUAAAUGGCCCAUUUAUCAUGUCUGGACCAAUCAUAUUCAUCGCAGGAUCGGUAUACCUUGGCUUUCUGAUUGGCCCCUGGGCUCUGAUAGGAUGCGCUACCUAUGUUAUAUUCUUUAUUGUGUUGAAGUUUGUCGCUGAUUUGAAUGGAUACUUUAGACAAAAAGCUGUCACACUUACAGGAGAAAGGGUGAGCCUGAUGACUGAAGUGUUGACCUGUAUGAAACUUAUCAAGAUGAAUGCAUGGGAAAAUGCGUUUUUUGGCAGAAUCAGCAAUAAGCGUCUUGAGGAACAGAGGGCUCUGGAACACGCUUACUUCCUGCAGAGCGUGAUGACAUCACUAGUUCCCAUGAUUCCCGUGGUGGCCUCCGUGUUCAUGUUCCUUUCGUACAUCAUGGCGGGCAAUAAUCUCACAGCCACACAGGCGUUCACCCUCAUCUCCGUCCUGUACUCCAUCAGCCUCUCCCUGGCUCUGAUGGCCCACGGUCUGCGCACGCUGGCCGAGGCGUCCGUGUCUACGGGCAGAUACAAGGAAGUCCUUGUGAUGGAGGAGAUUCAGAGCGUGUGUUCUCGGGACCUGAGUGACGAGGGGGCCGCCGUCACCUUCCACAACGCUACUCUUGGAUGGGAGUCCGAUAAUGACGAUGACGAUGAUGUAUCUCAAGUGGAAGUGAUCCCUGGCAUCAAGACAGAGGAGAUGCGGGAGUCAAAGCGCCUCAAGAUGGAGAGGGCAGUGUCGCCCACGUUUGAAACUGUGGAGGAGGAAAAUGGGGACAUAGUAGAUGGCAGCACGGUUGGUCUGUUGGAGAGCGUGUCUGUUAUAGAGAGAGCCUCCCAACUCUCACAAGUGUCACUCAGGAUUCAGGAGGGCCAGCUGAUAGGAAUCUGUGGCAUGAAGGGAAGCGGGAAGUCAUCCCUCCUGUCAGCGCUGCUGGGACGAAUGCAACUACAAGGCGGAAGGGUUGGGGUCAAAGGUCGUGUGGCCUAUGUGAGCCAGGAACCCUGGAUAUUUAAUGGCACAGCCAAGGAUAAUAUUUUGUUUGGAAAUCAAUAUGACAAAGAAAGAUAUGACCAUAUUAUCGAAGUCUGCUGCCUUGAGAAGGACUUUGAAACGUUUGGUGCUGGUGAUGGAGUAGAGAUUGGAGACCGAGGUUUGACCUUGAGUGGUGGUCAAAAACAACGACUGAGUCUUGCCCGAGCGUUGUACAGCGACAGUGACGUCUAUCUCCUUGACGACCCAAUGUCUGCUCUAGAUGUCCAGAUUGGCAGACACAUAUUUAAUCAAUGUAUAAAGGAUUUGCUGAAAGACAAGACAGUGUUGUUUGUUACACAUCAUUUAGAAUAUCUGUGUCGCUGUGACUACGUCAUCUACAUGAAAUGUGGGCGUGUCUCUGAAGCUGGUGUCCAUGGCGACCUGAUGAGUGAUGGUGGCGACUAUGCCGAUCUACAGCAGCUGUAUCAGAGCAAGUAUGAUGAGAUUCAGAGGGAGAGAAUUAAAGCUGCUGUCGCAAACAGACAAGAAAGAACUACUCCACAACGAGGGUUUUCUCGGGCUUCCAGAAAGUUUCUCAAUCGCCACCUGAGUCGGAUGUCCACUCGGGAGGGCCUACAGCCUCAGUUCAGUAUUAUAUCGAACGUCUCACAUGGUCUUGACGACUAUGAAUAUGUGGACAUUGAUGAUCUAGUCUCUGCACAGGAUGUAAAUGACAGCAAAGUGUCGUUGCACAUCUACCACAAGUACAUCAUGGCCGCAGGGGGGUACUGCGCCGUGAUGCUCAUCUUCUUCAGUUUUAUCCUGAGUAUCGGCCUACAGACUGCUGCCACCUGGUGGCUGUCCUACUGGCUGGAUCAGGGAGAUGGGAACCACACUGGGCUGUUUGACAACUCCACAGUGUCCAUCGGCAAUGUGUCUGAGAACCCAGAUAUAGAUAUGUACGCACUUAUAUACGGGUUGUUUAUAGUCUCCCUCGUUGUAGCUGUGGCCAUCAGAGGGAUCAUCUUCAUGAAGAUCAUGCUGAGAGCCAGCAGUCGUCUCCAUCAGCAGUUGUUGAAGAAAACCAUCAAGAGUCAAAUGAAAUUCUUCGACACGACCCCGCUCGGCAUAAUACUCAAUAGAUAUGCCAUGGACAUGGAUGAGAUUGAUGUUCGGUUGCCGUCUAACUGCGAGCUCUUCCUGCAGAAUGUAUUCCUCGUGUUGUUUGCCCUUGUGAUGAUUUCUGUGGUGUUUCCGUGGGACUUGCUUGUGAUUCUGCCUCUUGCCAUUGUGUUCAUAGUGUUGACUGUUAUGUUCGCUCCAGUCUUGCAGCGACUCAAAUAUGUUGAUAAUGUCACCCGCUCGCCAUACCUUAGCCAUCUCGCUGCUACCAUUGACGGAAUCUCAACUAUACACGUGUACGGGCAGUCACAGCGCUUUAUUAGACAAUUUUGUGAUAUGUUGGAUAAAAACUCAUUACCAUUCUUCCUGUUCUAUGCAGCCAAUCGCUGGCUUGCAUUGUUUCUUGAUCUUAUGACGAUCGCUGUCAUUGGUGCUACAGGAUUUCUAGUCGUAUUUACUCUGGACUCUGAGAACUCAGCAAACGCCGGCUUAGCCCUUUCUUUUGCCAUUCAGAUCACCAGCCUGCUGCAGUACACACUGCGACUGUGCGUGGAGACCAACUCCAGGUUCACAUCGGUCAAGAGGAUCCAGGACUACAUUGAGAACCUGCCAGAAGAAGGCAGCACUCCGGCCGGGGAGAACGGAGACAUUCCCGAUGACUGGCCUUCACAGGGCCAAGUCCGGUUCCGCAAAUACAACAUGAAGUAUCAUGAAGGACUUCAGCUGUCCCUCAAAAACAUCUCCCUCAAUAUCUGUCCCCAUGAGAAGAUUGGCAUUGUCGGCAAGUCAGGAUCUGGAAAGUCCUCUCUGGGUGUGGCUCUCUUCAGGCUUUGUGAGACAACCUCCGGAGCAAUUGAGAUUGAUGGCAAGAAUAUCCGGGAUGUCAAACUGUCUGACCUGAGGUCAAGGUUGUCCAUUCUGGUGCAAGACCCUGUGUUGUUUGUAGGAACUAUCAGAUACAACCUUGACCCUUCGAGCCAGUGUCACGAUGACGCGGAAAUGUGGGAGGCCUUGGAGAAAUGCCACAUCAAACAAAAGAUCGCCUCCCUUGACAAGCAGCUUGACACACAAGUGGAUGAAAAUGGCCGCAACUUUUCCAUGGGAGAAAAACAGCUGCUGUGCUUGGCUCGUACUCUACUGAGACAUACAAAGAUACUGAUCCUGGACGAGGCUACUGCUGCAGUGGACACACAGACAGAGGCUGUGGUGCAGCAGACAAUCAAGAAGGCUUUCAAGGACUGCACCGUGCUGACCAUCGCUCACCGACUCACGACAGUGCUGGACUCCGAUAAAAUACUGGUCAUGGACAGCGGCAAGAAUGUAGAAUUUGACGCUCCUUCCAUGCUUCUCCGAAGGAAUCAUUCAAAGUUCAAGUCGAUGGUUGAAGCUCUGAAACCACAAUCCCGGGAUUCCAAUAUGGAGGAAUCGCUAACAGAGCAGCUGAUCCGAGCAGAACUCGCUCGUCUGAAGGAUGCGGAUGCAAAUAACCACAUAUCAGACUCCUAUAUCUCGCUCUCGCCGAUGGAGCAGGCAAGGGAGAUAACUCCCGAUCCUGAAGUUCAUAUUGUUGAUGAACGGACUAGCUAGUUAACAGUGCAUUAGGAAUGGGGGGCUGAUCGUGAUGUUCUGCUUUAACUGUGAAACCAAUGAAUUGUGUACUGUUCUGACGUUUUACCCUUCGUGUUGGUGUUUACAGUUCACUUGUGAAGAGUCACCAUCAUGGAUUGGUGAUAUCAUGUUAAUUGGUCACAUAUGUGAUUUCUCCAUCACAAGUUGUUUUUUGUCACAUAUAUGAGUUUUCAUCGAUAUGUGUUUUGCUGUCACACAAGCCUGCAUUUUUUAAUCACAAAUUUUGUCACAAGUUGUUACUUAAAUCAGUGGCUUUCUGUCACUGUUAAUCGAAAGUGCUGUACUCAUGGUGAUAUAUAUUUUUUCAAAUACACAUAAAAUGCUUUUUGGUCACAAAUAGUAACUUUUGGGUGACAGCUAUGUGGGUUUGUGGUGCUGAUGUGUGGUCACACGUCUGUGGAAUGGUAGAUGUAUGUUUGUAUGUUGGACACAAAGUUUGUACGUCAGCAUCCUGACAAUCUGCUGAUGGAUCUCCCACACCAGAUUUCAGACAGUGUUCUUCUAUGUCGGAGGAUGCCAGGCAUCCGGC